AUGGCGCUAUAUGGGACUUCUGAUGCCUUGAUGUGUAGGGCGUUCCCAACGACCCUAAGGGGACCGGCCCGCGAAUGGUACAGCGGCCUGAAGACCGGGACCAUCUCUUCCUUCGACCAGCUCGCCCGAGACUUCGAGCUCAACUUCCUGGCCUACGCCCGUCCGAAGUCGUCCGUGGCGUUGCUCCUCGGACUCCACCAAAGGGAGGAUGAGCUCCUCUCCCACUUCGCGUUCAUGAUAGGCCUGCGGCCCUCCAGGUUCUUCUGGUCUCUGGUGGAGUGGCCCCCCACGACGGUACCCAAGAUGCUCCAGUGGGCGAGCCAAUUCGUCGCUGCAGAGACAUGGAUGGUCGGGAAGCGCGAAGUGCACAAGAGGGUCAAGACAGAGUCGCCCCGGCAGCAGCAACCCGCUGCGUCUCGGCGUAGGUUGGACAGAUCCGACCCACCGACGUCAAGGCCCCCUCUCCCAGCCUUGAACUUGUCCUGGACGGAAAUAUUCCUCCACAUAAGGGAAAAGGGACUACUCAAAGAACCUUACCCGAUGAGGAAUCCGCGAGCACUAGCGGACCAAUCGAAGUACUACCGCUUCCACCGGCAACAUGGGCAUGACACUGAACAGUGUCGGGAGCUAAAGAGGCAGAUCAAGGAGCUCAUUCGUAGGGGACACCUCGGUCAGUACCUCCGACCGGACAAGGAACUUUCACCGCGCCCGGAGGGUCCCAUUGAAUGA